CCCCUCCCCCCCCCCCCCCCUCCCCACCCCCCCCCCUCCCCCCCCCCCCCCCCCCCCCCCCCCCCCCCAGCCCCCCCCCCCCCCCACCCCCCCCCACCCACCCCCCCCCCCCCCCCCACCCCCCCACCCGCCCCACCCCCCCCCCCCCCCCCCCCCCCCCCCCCCCACCCCCCCCCCCCCCCACCCCCCCCCCCCCCCACCCCCCCCCCCCCCCACCCCCCCCCCCCCCCACCCCCCCCCCCCCCCACCCCCCCCCCCCCCCACCCCCCCCCCCCCCCACCCCCCCCCCCCCCCACCCCCCCCCCCCCCCACCCCCCCCCCCCCCCACCCCCCCCCCCCCCCACCCCCCCCCCCCCCCACCCCCCCCCCCCCCCACCCCCCCCCCCCCCCACCCCCCCCCCCCCCCACCCCCCCCCCCCCCCACCCCCCCCCCCCCCCACCCCCCCCCCCCCCCACCCCCCCCCCCCCCCACCCCCCCCCCCCCCCACCCCCCCCCCCCCCCACCCCCCCCCCCCCCCACCCCCCCCCCCCCCCACCCCCCCCCCCCCCCACCCCCCCCCCCCCCCACCCCCCCCCCCCCCCACCCCCCCCCCCCCCCACCCCCCCCCCCCCCCACCCCCCCCCCCCCCCACCCCCCCCCCCCCCCACCCCCCCCCCCCCCCACCCCCCCCCCCCCCCACCCCCCCCCCCCCCCACCCCCCCCCCCCCCCACCCCCCCCCCCCCCCACCCCCCCCCCCCCCCACCCCCCCCCCCCCCCACCCCCCCCCCCCCCCACCCCCCCCCCCCCCCACCCCCCCCCCCCCCCACCCCCCCCCCCCCCCACCCCCCCCCCCCCCCACCCCCCCCCCCCCCCACCCCCCCCCCCCCCCACCCCCCCCCCCCCCCACCCCCCCCCCCCCCCACCCCCCCCCCCCCCCACCCCCCCCCCCCCCCACCCCCCCCCCCCCCCACCCCCCCCCCCCCCCACCCCCCCCCCCCCCCACCCCCCCCCCCCCCCACCCCCCCCCCCCCCCACCCCCCCCCCCCCCCACCCCCCCCCCCCCCCACCCCCCCCCCCCCCCACCCCCCCCCCCCCCCACCCCCCCCCCCCCCCACCCCCCCCCCCCCCCACCCCCCCCCCCCCCCACCCCCCCCCCCCCCCACCCCCCCCCCCCCCCACCCCCCCCCCCCCCCACCCCCCCCCCCCCCCACCC